AUGAACGCCCGUAACGGACAAAAGAGUGUUCAAAGUUCUGCAAGUGAUAUAAUACAAACAUUCAAUCACUUUUUUAUGAAUGUUCCGUCUAAUAAGAGCUUUGAUAUGACUUACAAAGUUUACAUCAGUGACUUGGCCGAUACCGAAGAUCGAACUACGCUCUCUGCUCAUAGUUCAUUGGUUAAUGUUCAUGGAGUUACUCCAACCACCAUCACUUCAUAUGGUACUGUUCCAACGUUGACUACAAGUACAACUACGUUGAGUCAGCCAUCCUCGAUUCCAUCUGCCAAAUCGUCUACCUCGAGUUCGAUCAUCAAGAGUUCUGAAGAAGUUUCUAUGAGACAAAUCGAAGAACUUUGUGCUGAUAACAUGGCUCGCAAAGAGAGAUCAAUGGUUAAUUUGAAUGAACUCACGAAAGAGCUCAAAGGAUUCCAACAACCACCACCACGUCCUCCACAAACCAAGUCUCCAACUACUGUUUACGAGAAUUUGACCACUUUGGAGUCGUCGAAAUCAUCGACUUCUUCAAUGUCGGCACCGUCAACUUUCACAAACAAAGAUCGGGAAUUCAAGAAAAUUGUUGCUUCGGAUAUGGAAGGGGACGAUGGAUCUUUGAAACUUUUCAUCAAGGUUACUGAUUGUUUCAAUUGA